AUGGCAGCUACACGGAUAAUGAGGCCAAAGACUCUGAGUCGAUUGAGCCUACGUUCCCCCGUCCUGCCACAAGCGCGGACGCCCGGUGCCGCGUUGCUGCAACGGCGUUUCAACGGCACGGCCAGCAGCGAUCCCACGCCUGGUGAUGACCCAGUAGCCGGUCCCUACACCCCCCCAAGCAUCAGCCAAGCGGGAUGGAUGUGGAAGGACCAUUUCGUUGCCGGCCCGUCCAGGCGGCUCAACACCCUCCUCAACGACCUCCUGCCCGACACCUUCAAUUUUCACAAAGACCAUCAGAAGCCCAUGCCCCAGGGCUCCCACCUCGUCUACUUCCCAAUCCACGCCGCCGCGUCAAAGCUGGCCCCGGACGGCGCCGAGAGCCAGCAUGUGCCUGGCGGGUUUGACCUGACCAAGCCGGGGGCGACGAGGCUGUGGGUGGGCGGCUCGCUGACCUUCUCCGAUGACUGGGCCCAGCAGGUCCGGUGCUACCAGCCUGAGGGGAACGUCCCGUAUGUCUGGACCUGCAGAGAGACGUUUGCCGGCAUGCAUGUCUUCAGGCGUGGAGAUGAGUCCAAGGCCGUGGUGGAGCUGAAGAGAACGUACGGGACGGAGGAGGAGGAGGGAUCAGGAGAGGUGGGUAAGAAGCCGGUUAAUCAGAAGAUUUAUAUCAAUGAGACCAGGUUGCUGGCCUUUGUGCCUAGUUUUGAUCCAAAGGCCACGUCGUUUGGAACACCGGGAGAACCCGACUUCGAAUACAAGUUCACACCAACACCCGAGCACCUGUUCCAGUUCUCGGCGCUGACCAACAACGCGCACUUCAUCCACCUGGACCGGGAGAAGGGCAUCGUCCACGGCCCGCUCACCCUGGCCCUCAUGCUGCGGACCCUCAACCACGCCGUGCGCGGCCCACGCCGCACCGUGACCGACGUGUUGAAGAUCUCGUACAGGAACCUGUCCCCUCUCUUCGUGGGGCAGGAAGCUACGAUCUGCUUGCGCCAGCGGCCAAAGGAGCUGGGGAGGAGCCCGGAGGAGAUUGAGAAGAGCCUCGAGGAGGUGGAGAAGACUCUCGAUUGGAUAGACAAGUGGCUCUGGGGGGUAAGGAAGAAUCCUCCACCGGAGUCCAUCUCGGUGUGGGAUGUCUGGAUCCAGGGGCCGGGCGGAGGCAUGGCCGUCAAGGCCACCGCUCAUGUUCGGAUAGGACCGGUCCAGCCGAACAUGAAUAAGAAAUACUCCGAGUCAUACCGGAAAAAAGCCUUCCAGGCCCAAUGGUCCAAGGUUAGAGCAUGGUGA